CAGCUCAUAAGAUGUUUAUCAGGCAAGGAGAUGUCUCAGAAAUCUAUAAAGACUGGAUAUGGUGGAUACUUGAGGAUCUGCCUUUCUCACAUAUCAUUCGAGUGAUGGACUGUUAUUUAUCAGAAGGAUUGAAAAUCUUCUACCGAGUGGGUCUAGCCAUUCUCAUGCUUUACAAGAAACAUAGAGGUGCCGCAGAAGCACCCGAUGGCGUAGCUGCUUCCAUCCAAGAAUUUGUCAGGACCAUUCCAGUCAGCCCAAACACUCUCCUAACAGUUGGAUUCCAGUUCCGAGGUUUGUCUAGGUCUGUAAUAGGAACGUAUCAGACAAAACACAAAGAGACGCUACGAGAAGACAAUUCACCGUACAGGGCCGCUAGCAGAAGACAGAACGACGUCAUCACCAAGCUUAACCACAUAAAUUCCUGUAUCAUCACCCAUCAACAGCUGCAUACUCUAUGGAGCUGGGUUCCAAGUCGGUUUAGCAUCUACCAACCGAGGUUGGUCUUCACAACACAAGAGCAUGGAUUCUCGUUGACGACCUUCUUUACAAGGUGCGAAUACUGUGAGCCUACCAUUCUACUCAUCAAGACAUCGGACCAAGAGAUCUUUGGAGCUUACCUAUCGGCAAGCUGGAGCACCCGAAACGACGGAGACCAGAAGGGAAUCUACUUCGGCACCGGCGAGAGCUUCCUCUUCAGCUUCGCACCGGAAGAAAAGAAGUACCCCUGGGUCGGGAUCCUCCCCAAGGAAGAAACGAAGGAGGAGGUGGUGAAAGAGGAGGAGGAGGAGAAAGAGAAGAAGGAAGAGGAGGAGGAGGGGGAGGUGAAGGAGAACGGAGAAGGAGAGAGGAGGUCCAGCGGAGGAGACUUCAAGAAGAAAAUGAACGAGAUGUUCAUGCGAGCGUCAAAGAGCCUUAUAGCCGUUGGAGGAGGUGACGGAGACGGGAUACUGUUAGAAGGGGAUCUGACGAAGGGAUUCAGUACGCACUGUUUGACCUUUGAGAACCCCGGCCUCGCUAAGGAAAGGUCGUACAACUGUGACGUCAUCGAGGUCAUCACCAUGGAGGAUGGGAGGAACCCGGUCAACGGAGAGACGGCAUAACCAACAGGAGAGGGCGCUUUAGUCGCACCGUUUUACAUUGCUGUCGAUUAGGCGAGUUUUGCCAAUUUGGUUUGCAUUGGAGUGGUAUAGUGGAAGAGCAUUGGCAGAGUGGCAUGAGUGGGGAUUUGUUUCUGAUAGGCUAGAGUUUCAUCGAGUUGUUGUGUUAUGCAUUUCUAAGAGGUUGCCUUUCAUUGCGCACGUAGUAUGUAAAUGUGUCGCAGCACUCUCACAAAACCAGCCGGGAGCCAUUUUAUAAAGCUGUUGCAAAUGGAUUUACGCACGACUAGAGACCCUUUUGUGUGCUAAAUGAUAUAUCCCUUCCUAUGUGGUUUGGAACCUAAGAACAUUAUCAAGUCGUGCAUAACUUUACUAACAGCUCUAUGAAACACAUCAUUUCCACUACACAGUGGUGCAUAUUGCAUUGUAGUGCACUAUGAAACCUGCGCAACGCACAUAGCAUGUUGCACUGGCGGAGACGCAUGUCGUCACACUAUUCAAGUGGGGGGUGACAAUAGAUACCCCCCCCUAGACAAUAGGUUUGCCACUCCAAUCUAUGCCAUUGACAUGUUGUAUGAUGGAGUAUUUGAUAAUUAAGUGAACCUACUGCAGUCUGAAUAACAUUCAGUUUACAGUUAUUAGGAGUCGAACCAACAUUGGUCAAACUCUGUCUAUAGAUGGCGCACUUCUUACUCGCACACCCUUGUCUUGCUAUACCUUGUCUUGUGCAUUCCUAGUAUUGCGGACCGGUCGGUUUUCGAAAAGCCGUCCAGAUCCAAACGUCGUCGGUACUCUCGCUAUUUAUUUGACCAUCAUAUUAUUGGACCAUCUGGUAGAGACUCUUAUUAGCUCAUUCUGCAGAGAGGAUAACUCUGGAUAAACAAAAUAAAGGAAUAGAUUGUAGAAAUUGUUAUAGCAUUAGAUUCAUGACAGACCAUAGGUAGCUGUAUAUAUUGCAAAACAAUAGGCAGUUGUUUUAAACUAAUGAAAAUGGUAGAGAAAAUAAUGAGAAUAAAGCCACUUUCUCUCGGUUUUCUGUGGAUUUUUUUCCAUGGAGUGAGACAGAAUCAAGAAUUCAAAAUCUGUAUCAUACAAGGAAAUUAUCUCCAUAUUUGAUGGAGGUGUAGGUGUUAGAUGUAGCUUGCCAGGCCCCUUUUACAUUACGAUUAUUUUGAAACUCCAAGGCUAUCACUCCGUAAACAACUGAACUGCAUGUAUGAAGGUGUGUUCUUCAUCUCUUGUUAAUAUUGCCUUUAGUCAAUGUGUUCCUCAUCUUUUGUGUAUGUGGCCUUUGGUCAGUCUGGUUGUCAAUAUGCGACAGUAGGAGGUACUGUUUGAUCAUGUUGCACUUAUUCAUGUGUGAAAUAACAAUAAAAUUUUUUUUUUAAAUUCAGUCAAAAGGCAUUUUUCAUGAAACAGCUGACAAAGAUAACUGGCGUGUUAUUUCCACUUUUUCAUGAAAAUAUGCAAUCAGACGAAAAAUAGCAGGCUUUGUUCUCGAGUGUUGAGGUUACAUGGAAUUGCUUUUUUGUACUAGACGUACCUACACAGUUGCUGCACCUUUGUCAAACUGAGCAAUAGUGUCCGUUUUUAUAGUCGAUUCAGUGGAAAGUGCUUUCAGAUUUGUAAGAAAAGUGUGUUGAAUUACGAAAAUUAAUGAUAAAAAGAGCUGUAGAGGUUAGAGGUUUUGUGCUUGUAUUGGCUGUAGAGAAAUUAGUCAGUAGUAUUUAGUGGUAGUAGUAGUCAAAGUAUACAGUGUCCAGUGGGCAAAGUAUGUAGCUAUGCAGAUCAGUGAUUGAUAAAUGGAUAUAUUCAAUAGGUGAUCUGGGGGAUGCUUUGCAAAGUGUGACUUUGUGACUUAAGCCCGGCUCACACUGCGAUUCGUUGCGAUCCGAAUUACAAAGAAAUUGUAAUAACAUUCGAUAUGAACAUUCCAAGCAAUAAAAUCUUAACAAUCUCAGAGUUCAGAAUUGUGGUAGGACUACGGAAAUCGAAAUUCAGUCUAGUUCGAGCCUCCCUCUGGGAAUGAAAACAAAUCCAAAUCUUGAUGAUGUCAUCAUCGACUGCAACUUGAAGGCGAUUUGGACUUCACUUCGACCAAAGGGCUUGACGCAAAGGAAAGUUAUGAUUUUAUUAUUCCUCACAUUAUGCCGAACUUCAAAUGAAAUAAUCUUGCUUCUUGCAAGUUUCACAUUUAAUGAAAAAUGUGAUUUAUUAUAAAAGAAUCGCGUCGCAACGAAUCGCAUAGUGUGAGCUUAAAUGCCAAAAUCCUCCUUGUUCACUAAGAUCCUUUGACAAGGCAUUACUCUACUAUUGCUGCUCUCCACCCAGGGUGAAAUAAUGUUUACCUAGUAGAAUUAUAACUCCCUCAAUGCUUUUAUCACAUGUUAGCACCAGAAAUAUGUGCCCAGUUUGGAGCUGAAGGUGAUAAAAGCAUUCAAGGAAUAGGCUCUGUCCAGGUGCAUAUUGCUUCACCCUGGGUGGAGAGUGGCAAAUAAAGAUUACCGUAAUGUCUUUUUAGCACGUAACCAGUCAUAGCUUCCAGGUGCUUCGAGCCUUCGCCUGUGAUCGGUACAUGCACGGCACAAGGUCAUCUAAUGGCAUUGUCGCACGUUUCUGCAAAAAGGUGGUAAGUUCCAUUUUCAGUGGCGUUAGAGCACUCUAUCACUGGCAAUUUCUUGCAGCGAAAUAGUGAUGUUAGGUCUUGUAUGUAGAUUGCACUUGUCUAUUUAGCUCAAGGUUUUGACGUCACUUUCGCAUAUCAGUGAAACUCAGAUUUGUGUAUAAACAAUGUGUGUGGCACCCGAGCAAUAGUUCGUUAUGCAUGACAUUCAAUGUACAGACCAUUUGUAUAAUUCCUGCACAUUUGCAUACAUGUAUUUUUUGCAUAUUUUGAGGUACCAAUUUAUUUUGAAUUCCAUCCAUUUUGUGUCUGUCUUGCGAUUAAAGUGUUCAAUUGCGUCACAUUAUAUUUUUCUGCGAGGAGAUGUUCAUGUAUAUAUUUGGCAAUUUCUUGUUGUGAUAUCAAGCUUUGAAUAUAUAACCAGUUCCCACAAGUGCUUAGAAAUAGGAGAGAACAUAUUGAUCUUGUAUAACUAAAUUCCUGUAUUUUAUAUACUUCCCAAGAAAGAUUUACUCAUUCCAUUUAUUUGAUUUAUUCUUUAAAAAUGUGUUUACAAAUAUUUAGACAUAAAUCAUAACAUAGUAAUUUACAAAAAGGGAGAUUUAUUUCUAUCAUUGUUAUUUUCAUAAUUUUUCCCCAUAAGGUUGAAAGUGCUUUCAAAAGUGUAUUUGGUCAUUUUUAUAAAUGUACUCAACUCGUGAAAUGUUACUUUAUUAGUAACAUUUCCUAUAACCCACCUUUAUAUAUAUUCAGCAAUCAAAUUGCAAUUUCUAUACAUGGUCUGUUGCUAGGCCAGGCAAUUUAUAUAUUUGUAUACAGUUUACUGUAUCUGAAUAUGAAAAUACGAUAAUUGAUAGGACGCUUAUACUCGUGGAGUCCUAUACAUCAAUUUUUUUUCAAAAGAUUAUACAUUAUGGUUUUGAUUGCAUUGACGGAAUGGCCAAUUGCUAGACGUGCUUGUUAUAUUUUAAUAAUUUUAUGCAAUCUGUGUACCGGUAUGCUUGUAUUGUGCUAUAAUAAUUACAAAUGAAAUAUAUUUUGAAUAUACAUGUAUAUUCUUUAUUCAGUUCUCAUCAUUGUAUAUGUUGAUUUUGACCUCUCUUGCAUUAUUUGAAAAAUUGGGAUGAAAAUAUGAGCUUUAUUUUCUGGAGGAAUAUAUCUUUUCUGCCAAUUUUAUCUGGAUUAGCAUGCUAUUUUAUUCUUGUAAUAUUAGUUGCCCCUUUUCUAUAUGUUUGAUUUAUUUUCAUGUAUUGAUGAGUUCAUUCCACCUCUAUAUAAUUGAUUUUUUGUUUGAUGAUGGUAUACAUAAUAUUUGUACUUAUGUUAGUAAGUCCCAUGUAAGUAUAUCGAUUGUAUCUUUGAUAUGUUAUGCAGUUUUACUGCUCACUAGUAAACCCAGUGAAAUGAAAUAAAACAAUGAAAGUUUAAGCUUUGGAUUAAUGUAAUUUGCAGGCUCUUUGAGCACUGGCGAUUGUUAUGAAUUUAUGCAAAGUAUUGUUAUUGGCAUUGGUAUAAUCAGUAUAUUUAAUUUACCAUUUUGUUGAAAUGUAUUGGAUGAUUUCAAGUGUUGUGCUAAAAUGUGGUGUUAAAAGUUAAUGCCAUGGUCACAAGUGCCUCUAUGAACACUGUACAAAUGAAUCCAUACCAUUUAUUGCUAUGUAUAAAAAUCUUUUGUACGGUGCUCCUCAAGGUUUUUGUGACCGUAGCAUAACAUCAAGAGGAUACAGCAAGAAGAUGAGAAAAUCUUUAUAAAGUACAUGUAGUACGAGUCGAAGCUCCUACCACUGAACAAUGCCGAUAAUACCAAACAAAAAUGAUGGCAGGAAUGAUGCUAUGUUUAAAAAAAACCCCAAAAAACGGCAAUUACAAUGUUGAUAGCUGUAAUGUCAAUCCGAACACCUGCUUUAUUGUAAAGUUGGUAGUAUGACUGGUGUUGGUGUUAGUGUUGCCUUGACAUCAACUCCUGCCUUAGUUAUUUCAGGUUCGGUGUUAUGGCUAGGUGUUAGUGUUGCCUUGACCAUGAUGCCAACACCAUUUAAACAAUUUUCUGGCUGGUGUAAGUGUUGCCUCAACACCAACCUCGCUUUUGAUACCUAGUUUUAGAUCACCCAAUUAUCCUAUUAUGUAAAGGUUUAUACUUUCAUUGUUGCUUAUCAACAGUUUUAAUGCAUUUUACUUUAUGCUCCUUUAUGAACCAUUUUUACUUUAGUUUACCAAGUUACUUACCUCUUAUAUUUUGAGUUUGAGGAAAGGUCAUAUUGAAAGCAAUAAAACAUUGAAAUAUUAAAUCUGUUAAGAGAGGCUGUUCUCUGUCAAAACUGUAUUAUUCAUCUAGUAAUGGAACAUAUAGUCUUGAAAAUGUAAUAAACAAAGUUUAUUAUCCUGUAACCUCUUGAAUACUUUUGUAAGAUAAAUGUAUUUUUUUUUCAUUUUAUGUUUUGUGUAAUAGAUGCCACCACAAUUGAUCAAAUUUCCUCUUCUGUAUAUUCCCUGUAAUCUUGCCAAUUAAGUUGUUCUAUAUCAAAGUACAUAUAUAUAUCCCUCUUUUUUGUGGACUAUAUUUUCUCUUUGUUGCCAUCCUGUAUUAUUAUCAUUUAAAUCUUAUUUUCUACCUCUUUUCUUGUUUGUUAUAAUGCCGUUACUCUAAAAAGUCUUGUUUUAUCAUCAUCUAUUCCUGAGGUAUUUACCUUUACGAUUAUGAAGCUGUUUAUUUUGAUGAAAAAUCAAAAAUAAAAACUGAAAUUUUAGCUAUAUCAUGCUUCAAAUUCAGGGGGGGGGGGGGCUUCCAACUUUCCAUCAUGUUCUCUUUGGACGGGGAGGGGGGAGGCGGGGCAAGUAGGGAAAAAGAAUAGAAAAGAAUCUUGUUACUAAGUAGCAAGAGGAUUGUAGACAGUGGAAACAUGGAGAUAAAUUUUUGUUCUACAAGCAAUCAAAUCUAAAUUUUUCAUCAAAUGUUCUCGAAUAAUGUUUGUGCAAUCGUAUUAAUGGUGCUCAGUUCAGAUUGUAACACAUUUGUUUUUAUUCGUCAAAUCUCAAUUACGAAUUCAAGAUGUGAUCGUAAAUAGUGUUUUAAUCGUGAGAUCUCAAUUAUACAUCCAAGAUGUGCUAGUAAUAGUCUUUCCUCGACUUUAAUCCACGGUCACUUGCAAAUAUACUCUAUGAUUUGUGUCUUUUUUGUUAUGAUAGGAUUUUAUUGAUGACUAUAAGGGAAUUGCAGAGAUCUUAUCAAUUGCAUAUAUAUUGAAAUCAAUCAUAUGCUCUACAAUUAAUUGCAAAUUUGCAAUUCAUUGCUGACUUUCUUCAUGGAACAAGGUGUGUAAACUGAUUUGCAAAGGCUAAAAUUGAUUUAUCAAUAUUGUAAAAUUGCAGCAUUUUUGAAAUUGGUUGAAAUUUACAAUUGAUUGUAAAUGGGUUUGUGCAACUUCACCUUAGAAAUAGUUGGAAUGUAACUAUGACCUCAAGCUGCAUAGGAAUGUGAAAUGUACCUGUGUGUUACACUGGAAUGUAAAAGCAAGUGUAACUAGAAGUUACAUGACAUUUGACCAGUGAAAUAUACUUUCAUUCUUAUUUCAUUUAUUUCCUCUUCUCAAUUAUUCCAGUGCAGAUAUGUAGUGAAGUGUGAUUACUUUUGGGUGAUCUGUGCCCUUUAACAUAAACCUUAGCGAUUGAUCUUGGGACAAAUUUCUACGAUUGAUUUCAUUGAUAACUGCGUAGGAUCAAUCUUAAAACUCACCCCCACAAUCAAUUGCUAAGCUUUAUGUUACGGGGCCUUGCACUCAAUGUAUUUCUCAGCUCACUUUCAUCAUGAUGUAUAAUGGUAGAUUGAUGUAAAUGUUUGUAUUAUUGCUCCUACCCGUAUGCUUCCAGCAUUUAUUGCUUUAUUAAAGAACACUUUCAAAGCAA